UCCGGCAGAGCGGAAGCAGACUGACGCGGAGCCGCACAUCAACAGAACUAGUCCAAAUCUGCGAUGAGUUUUGAGUGGCCCUGGCAGUAUAACUUUCCUCCAUUUUUUACACUGCAGCCGAAUGUUGACACGAGACAGAAGCAGCUGGCGGCAUGGUGUUCCCUCGUCCUGUCCUACUGCCGGCACCGCAAGCUCUACACUCUGGACGUGCUGGAGGCGCAGGAGAGCCCUGUGUUCAACAACAAGAAGAUCGAGAGAAAACUUUCAGUUGAAGCCAUACAAGUAGUUUUUGAAGAACUGAGAAAAAAAGGAAACCUGGAAUGGUUGGAUAAAAACAAAUCACGAUGUCUUAUAAUGUGGAGGAGACCGGAGGAGUGGGGCAAACUCAUCUAUCAAUGGGUUUCCAAAAACGGCAUGGUCAACUCAGUGUUUACACUUUAUGAACUCUCUAAUGGAGACGACACAGAAAAAGAAGAGUUUCAUGGACUGGAGGACUGGAUGUUGCUGCGUUCACUGCAGGCCCUGCAGGCUGAUGGGAAGGCAGAAAUGAUCACUAUGGAUGAUGGGAAAGGUGUCAAGUUCUUUUGAAUCGGGCUUUCUCGAGUCAGACUGUGUGGAGGCGUUGGGUUUCUGUCAGCCCAGCAUCGUCUUGCGUCCCAGUCGCUUGGGAUCUUUUCUGGACUCUGUAUUACACUCCACUACUAAAUCAAGUCAUUAUUUGUCACGUGAGCCCAAACUAAAUUAAAGGGUCUUCCUCGCUGGAACAAGUUUAAAUCGAUGGUUUUACACCUGAUGUUUGAGCCGACUAAAGAAACCACGAUUUUGUUCUGAACCAUUAUGCAUACGAAGCGAAAUGUCAGACCAAAACUAGGAAUAUCAGCAUCUUAAUGUAGACCCAGACUAAACCCUUUUUUGUGUACAUACGUUUUUAUUCCGCUCCUUUUAUUGCUGUAAAUCCUGACAGACUCUCGUUCUACUUGAAUAUUGUUCUGUGUAGAACCACAAAGGCAAAAACGGUCUUCUAAUGUCAGACGCGGUUUUUGCGAAUCCUGCGAUGCUUCCUGGCUACGAUUAAAUGUUCUCGAGUAAAUGUCUCGUUCCUGAUGGCAGUGGAGUUCAUAUCAACAUUUUGCUGAGAUCCGGUAGCAUUCACUCGUUUCCCCGGCCGUCACUGUAUCUGAUCACCUUUUAUACCGAUGUGAUACUGUACAAAUAAACGAGGGAGACGUUUUCAGUUCUCUCCUGCAAACCCCUUGAAAUGUUUUGUGUUUGGUUUGACUGAAGAACUGAAGUCCUGUAUAUUUGUUUUUCAUAUGCAAAUCUCAUGGGAUUGACGGAAAGCAUCAAAAAAAGGCUU